AACCGCUGCGCUUUCCUAGUUUGGUGGGCGGGAUGUGUUUUUUCUAGUUUACAGAUUGUAAUCCAAAUCCCAGCAACCUGCUGCGACUAUUGAUGUUUACUAUCUACGUGUCUGUUUUUUAAAUGAAAUGAUACGGUUUUACCCAGUAAUAUAGACUUAUCUAGAUACUUUAGACCUUUAUCUGUUUGCAUCUGUGCAUACUGCAAGUCUUCGCAACCACUGCGCGCCCGCCGGUCUGAUUUCGGUGGUCGCGACAGGGGUUGUUUUGAAAACUGUGGGUUGCAGUCUGGCCCCCUGGCUGUGACCGAAGUAUCUUUUCCAGCGUCAUCGUGCUCUCGUAAUAAUGUUUAAUUUAUAAAGAUGGCGGUGAGGGGGACUCUCUAAACUAAAUGACUGUCAGAAACAUCGCCUCCAUUUGUAAUAUGGGCACCAAUGCCUCCGCCCUGGAGAAAGACAUUGGUCCGGAGCAGUUUCCAAUCAAUGAACACUACUUCGGAUUGGUCAACUUUGGCAACACGUGCUACUGCAACUCGGUGCUGCAGGCGCUGUACUUCUGCCGGCCGUUCCGCGAGAACGUGCUGGCCUACAAGGCUCAGCAGAAGAAGAAGGAGAACCUGCUCACCUGCCUGGCCGACCUCUUCCACAGCAUCGCCACGCAGAAGAAGAAGGUGGGCGUCAUCCCGCCCAAGAAGUUCAUCUCCCGCCUGCGCAAGGAGAACGACCUGUUUGAUAACUACAUGCAGCAGGAUGCGCACGAGUUCCUGAACUACCUGCUGAACACGGUGGCGGACACCCUGCAGGAGGAGGCUCGACAGGACCAGCCCAACGGCCGUCUGCGCAAUGGCACCAUCGCCAUGGACACCGAGGACAACAAGGCCGAGCCCACCUGGGUGCACGACAUCUUCCAGGGCACGCUGACCAAUGAGACGCGCUGCCUCAACUGUGAGACAGUAAGCCCCACCCCCUCUGAAACAUUCACAGCUUUGGAAGUGAUUUUAGAACAAAAAACCUCCAUAACACACUGCCUAAUGGACUUCAGCAACACAGAGACCCUGUGCAGUGAAUACAAAUACUACUGUGAGACCUGCUGCAGCAAGCAAGAAGCACAGAAGCGGAUGAGGGUGAAGAGAUUACCCAUGAUCCUCGCUCUGCACCUGAAGCGCUUUAAGUACAUGGAGCAGCUGCACCGCUACACCAAGCUGUCCUAUCGCGUGGUCUUUCCCCUGGAGCUCCGCCUCUUCAACACGUCUGCCGACGCCCGCAACCUCGACCGCAUGUACGACCUCGUCGCCGUGGUCGUCCACUGUGGCAGCGGUCCAAACCGCGGACAUUACAUCACCAUCGUUAAGAGCCACGGCUUCUGGUUACUCUUCGACGAUGACAUUGUAGAGAAAAUCGAUGCCCAGGCCAUCGAGGAGUUCUACGGUCUGACCUCCGACAUUUCCAAAAACUCUGAGUCGGGGUACAUCCUGUUCUACCAGUCCAGAGAAUAGUAGGGGAAUAUCAGGGACCCCCCCCAUCUGGAACCCACCCCCUGCCUGGGAGUUUCUCUGAGUCAUGUGCCAAUAAGCUUGCCCACACUCCUGGCUCCGCCCCCUGGUGGCACAUUGCUCCCCAUCUCUGUGUGCUAGGCAUUCUGGGAUCAUCCUCGCCCCCCGUAGCCCCCGCCCCUCCUCACCUGCAGCUGAAAGGCACUUUAAAAAAACAACAGAAAUACCGUCAAAUGACCGCAGCAAACGGGUGUGCCCAGCGCCCGCCCCAGUCAGGGAGACUCGUCUGUUCCCCCUCCAUUCCUUCAUUUCUUCAUUCGUCCGCUCCCUCCUUAGACAGCUGGCCUGUGUCUUAAAGGUCAUUUUAAGGUCCUCCUGCAGUUCAGCCAAAAGGCACUCAUGGAAAUGGUGUCAGUGUGUGUUCUGCUUACAGUGCUUGUACUUUAUAUAGAGGCUAUGCUAGUUAUACUGGCUACAAUGGAUACUCUUAUACUGGUCAUACUGGGUGUUAUACUGUUAUACUGCAUAUAGGAGCUGUAAUGGACACUGUGGUUAUACUGCACAUAGGAGCCAUAUACGUCAUAAGGCGGCGAACUUGGGCAAACUCGCAGCCCAACACGCGUGUGUAUAAUCCUUGCGUUUUCAGACUGUUUGUGUAGUGACUCUCCACACCAGUGGGGGGCGCCUAUUCAGAUUCAGCAGUUGUGAUAGCCACAGGAAACACGGAAGUGACGACGUGAACAUGAGCAGCAACAGUGGCUGCGGUAAAGGGGCAGAAACUUUGACAGGGAAGUCUGUGAUUUUAAAGUUGCGUUAGUUUAUUUAGCGCUGCAAAAAAGAAAAGAAAGAGAAUUACCCGUACGGUAAUUUAGACCAGCUGCAGGGGAUCCUUUACAC